UUGAAGUAAAAAAUGAAACUAGAGCUGAGUUAACCGUUCAAGCAAACAAUUGCAAUAUCGUCAAGGAAAUAACGAAAAUGCACGGACAACAAAAUUCUCUCACAUCCAAUAACUGUGUUUUAAAAGGAAAAUCUCACACCAAUGUCCGUUUAAGGAAAGAUGCAGAAUCAAAAUUCAACUUCUCCAAUCUGCCUACAAAGGAAGCAAGCAUGGAGGAACCUUCAAAUAAGCGUUUACGUGAUGUCAGUCAAAUUUUGUCUAUUCUGCAAAAACCUAGGAAGGAAGAAAGCAUGGCUGCAGGUUAUACAGAUGACAAGGUGACCCCUACAAAGCGGCCUAAAGUUUCAAAUGCUGCAGUUCUCGAACUCCCUGAAGAUGAUCAACCACCAAAAUCAUUAGUCCCACAUGAUCAAUCAACUGAAAAUGUGGAUGCUAGGGAAUCAAGAGAAAAUAUAGACCUUGACAAACCAUCUGAUACUAUGUCUUCCAAAGAAAUAUCCAGUUGCAGUGGCAGCCAAGUAGCUAAGGACAUGGAUAAUGGAAACUUCGACCAGCAGCUUUAUUCAGAAAACACGGAGGUUGAUGCAUGGUGUGAUGGAGCAAACGCUUCCAAUAUGCCAAGUUCCGCCCCUUCUUGUGGUCAUGUUAGUGAUAAAAAGAAUCUUUCUCAGGAACUCACUUGUGUGAAGGAAAUGGACGAAUACCCAAGUUUUGAUCUUGGAUUUUAAAUAGUGACAGCAUUAUUAACAUAGAAGCCUUGUUACGGCUCAAUGAUGCAGUGGAACACAAUCAAAAUAUUGUCACAUGAAAGGUUAAUACCG